AAAAAACCAAAGUCGAUCCCCCGGCAUCUCCGUGGAUGUGGAACAAGGGAGCUGCUCGGCUCGCAGCGCUUCCCUCGCUAAGUCGGGAAUUACAGCUGCGGCUGGGGAGGCUCGCGGGGCCAUAGGGCGGGCGCCGGGGGGGCACAGCUGARCCUCGAGCCUCCGCUCGCAGGAGCUCCCGGCUCCUCUCCCUCCUCUCCGCCCUCGGCAGCGCCAUGGAGCCCAACAGCCCCAAGAAGAUACAGUUUGCCGUGCCGCCCUUCCAGAGCCAGAUAGACCCCGAGGCAGCCGAGCAGAUCAGGAAACGAAGACCUACCCCAGCAUCACUCGUCAUCAUGAAUGAGCACGUGCCCCCAGAAAAAGAAGAGAAGAGAACAAACAUCUCACAAGGAGAAUCGCAGAGCGCCUCCCCGAAGCAGAGGAAGCAGAGCGUGUUCACGCCRCCCGCCAUCAAAGGGAUCAAGCACCUGAAAAGCCAGAACGAUUCCGCCUUUCCGGAGGAGGACGAGGCCGUCAGUGAAAGAGAGGAGGACUGGGGCCCGUGAGCRGCCUGCAGGCUCUUUCCUGCGGCCGCGGCGCCUUUGCUGGGCAUUGCAGCCCUUGCAGACCUGCCCUGUCACCCCCUCGCCCCGGAGAUAAAACAGUUAUUUUAAAGUCAUUUUUUUUCCCCCCCUUCCAUUUUGUAUGACCUAGAAGUGUAACUUGCAAACGUGUUAGCGACCUGACAGCAGUACUGCCAGAGCUUAACUGCCGAGCGYGACCUGUGUGCGAUGACCUACUGUAAAUAAAGCCAACUUAAAGGCUAUGAAAUAAAUACGAUGUUCAUUUAGA